UUGGAUAGAUUUGCCAGUAUAAGAAUUCCGGGAAGUAAAAAGGAAAGACCUCCUCUGCCGCAUAUGAAGCAGUCACAUUCUACGGAUUGGUCAUCCACAUCUACGGAUGCAGAGGAUUUUGCUCCAAAACCCCUGUCGGAAAGAGAAAUCAUAGCUCUGUUUGAAAAAAUGAUGGAAGAUAUGAAUUUAAAUGAAGACAAGAAGAUGCCAUUGAGAGAAAAGGAUUUUAACACCAAAAAAGAAAUGGUGAUGCAAUAUAUUAGCACUGCUUCAAAGUCUGGAAGUCUAAAGAACAGUCGGAAGAUUUCACCCCACGAGUUUAUUCAGGAAUUAAAAUCUGGGUCAACAGAUGAAAGACUAGUCACUUGCUUAGAAUCUCUCCGUGUGUCCUUGACUAGUAAUCCUGUCAG